AGAGCGUGUAAUCCCUCACAGCAACUUCCUUGCUGGCCCUGGCACUCUCAAGGCCAAUAUAAACCUAUCCGGCGCGACAAGGCAAACUGUCCUAGUGCCGGCAACGCAGCCCAAGGAAAAAGAUGGCGCCUGUCCUUGGCUACUGGAAACUUCGCGGGCUUUGCCAAAGUAUUCGGAUGCUGCUGGAGUACACGGGCACCGAGUACGAGGAAAAACUGUAUCACUUUGGGCCAGCUCCGGACUACGACAAAUCCGAAUGGCUUGACGAAAAGUUCAACCUCGGCCUCGACUUCCCUAAUCUGCCUUACUACAUCGACGGUUCCGCGAAGGUGACGCAGAGCAACGCCAUUCUCCGCUACGUCGCCAGGAAGCACGACCUAUUGGGCAGGACAGACGAGGAGCGGGUCCGCGUCGACGUAUUGGAGAACCAGGCGAUGGACCUCAGGAUGAGCUACGUCAGGCUCGUCUACCAGAAUUACAACACCCAGAAGAAAGAGUACCUGGACAAUCUACCCGGCACCUUGAAGAUGUUUUCGAAUUUCCUUGGCAACCGGAAGUGGUUCGCUGGAGAAUCUCUCACCUUCGUAGACUUCCUGAUGUACGAGCUCCUAGAUAUCCACCUCGAACUGGACGCCUCCUGCCUCGCCUCCUCCCAGAACCUCUCGGACUUCCACAAGCGUUUUGAGGAACUCCCAGCCAUCAAGAAAUACAUGGCAUCUCCGAGGUUCAUCAAGAAGCCUUUGAACGGCCCCAUGGCACUCUUCGACAUCAAAUAAAGGGGACAGGGGAGAAAAGUAAUAAACGAUUAGGAAGGGAUAAAUGGCAAUAGAAGUUGCUAGUGAUUCCCAGGUUCAAGAAAGUAUAUUGAUUUGUGUUUAUUAUUAUUAUUAUUUUUUUAAAGAUCGGUUUAAAUUUUGCUUAAAUGGUUAAUUAAUAACCUACCCCCCC